AUGAAGGAUGUGGUUCGUACGGAGCCCUGGGCAAUUCUAUCUCUUCCAGGGGGGUCAACGGCGUCUUCUUCGCUGCUCAAGGGGGAUGAUUUCUGGUGGACGACGCUCUACCGAGCAGUCCGCAACCCAAAAAAGACUGGCGGUAUCCGUUGGGCUGUCAUCGUUGCAACCUUGGCUAGUGUACUCGGAUCUCUCAUUCUUAAUCCUCUAGCCGCGGGUCUUUUCGAUGUUCGGACGAUUUCCAAUAGGGAACGAGUCCUGUUCUCUUCUGUGGCUUGGCCAUCAUCACCAGAACGCCGCGCAUUCAUUGACGACAUCAUUUAUUUUAAGGCCAUUGCUGGUGCUGUCUUCAAUGUGUCUACAUCUGCCUGGAUUAGGGAGGACUAUGCAGUAGCACCGUUUUGGCCAGCGAACUGGAGUACGAUGCCUAACGAAGCUCAUUUCUCUUCAGUUACUCUCCCUCAAGUUUGGACUGGGCUCACUGACGUAUUCAAAGUGGACUUCGAGUGCAAGGAGUUUUUCCCCGUUACUCAGGUCUUUCAAAAUACGACCACUCCAGGCUAUACUUCAGCUACUGUCACCACUUUCAAAUCAGAUGACGGGUGUACCUAUCCUUACAUGAGGUUGGGCUCGACGUCUUCGGGCUAUGGAGUCUGGAACCAAUUCAACGGUUCGUCAAACUGCGGAAAUCGAGAUUACAUCAUCCUGUUCUCUCCAAAUGCCACCCUCUUCGGCAUUCAAAGCCCUCUGUGGAACGGCAGCUUUCUCGGCUACAUUUGCAACUCAAAAUAUUUGACGACCCGGGCCCUGGUCAACGUAUCCACAUCGAAUUCUGAGACAGUAGUGACCACUGAUGCCAUGGCUUUCGAUCGUUCUCAACAGAAGUUAGCUUCCGAUCUCCUGGAUAUAAGUUCAUUCGAAAGUUCAUUCAUGAACAAUGUCGGUACAAAUAAUCUGAAGUAUGCCAACCAAGCCGAAUCAUAUACUCUUGAGGCGCAGUUCAACGGGACUAUCUUAGCUCUAGGGGCUCAAUUUGAACUUAACGUUUCGGCCAUGAUGGCAGAGCCAGCACUCCUUAAGCGUGCUCAGACAAUCAAGCAGCGAUUCUUUGGAGAGGCUUUAAUGGUCACAAUAUCCGACUUGCAACAAAAUGGAAGCACCAGAACUUCGCCGAGCCUUGUCAUAUCACAAAUCCCGCGCCUGGUUGUCAGCCUAGAAUUUGGGGUUGCAACCUGCAUCACGCUACUGGCUCUGAUAGUUGCGGCUAUAGCAAUUCUAAUCUUAACAAGACGCAACAGAAGGCCACUGCAGCUUCAAAAAGACCCCAGCAGCGCAACUGGAGCCGCCUUGAUAAUGCAAGGAUCAGCUGCAACUGCAAGUUUUGCAAACUUAGACAGAGCAAGCAUCCGGCAGAUCGAAGCUAUUAUUAACAACCACCAAUUCUGCGUGAAGGAUGGCACGCUGGUUCCAAUGGACGACAAUCCGCCAACUUCAAAACCUCCGGAUACCCAGGCUGACAAUGAUGACUGGCGUCCUCUGGUUCUGCGUGCCUGGACCGGAAUCAUCCUGGGGAUAUUUUUGGCGGGCAUAACUGCUGGCCUAAUCGCCAUGUACGUGCUAUCCAAGGGCCCUGGCGUAUAUCAGCGGCUGUUCACUUUCCAGAACAAAAUAAAGAUCGGCAGCUACAGGCUGGGUGCUUUGGCACCCUACAAAGUUGUUCCUACCCUCAUCGCCGUAACAGUCAGGCUGUGGUGGACUGCGAUUGACGGCUCUUUUCGAAGGCUUACACCAUUCCUCGCAAUGGCUCAAAAAUUGCGGCGACCGUCAGACGGCGCAACUUUGUCGUAUGCCACCACUCCGAUUUUAUGGAUCACCACUGUUGCGAUAAGCAAGAUGCACUGGUUGCUGGCUUUAGUCACAUUAGGUGCCUUUUUCACCGAAGCGUUGCAAGUUGCGAUGUCCGCUGUUUGGUCUCGCGACCUCGGGUUCGUGACUCAAGAUAUCAUGCUUCAGCCCCAAUACGAGCUGCGCACUGUACCGCACAUUUUCCACGGAUAUACUGAAUUCUCAAACGUAGGCUUUGACCAGUCUUGGCCAGGGAUCUCUGCAUAUCUCUAUGGAGGGAAUGGAUACCACACAUCCUGGAUUUUUGAUGCCCUCGCCCAGUCUGCAUAUAACAGCUCGCCGCCCACUUGGAGCAAGGAUGGCUGGAGCUUCCCGCCUCUAGAUCUCAGAAAUUUCCUUCAGAACGAUGGUUCAAAUCACAGCGUAGACAGCAAUCCUGCGCUUAAAGAUGAUCAUUCAGAGCUCAAGGUAGCAUUCAAUAGCCAGGCGGUGUCUGGGAGAAUUGAAUGCAGUCCGAUCUCCGACUCUGGAAAGUGGGUCAACACCUGGAAUCUCACUGACCCAGUGGUGUGGGACCUUGGAUCAAAUCCAAAAGAUAUAAAUACUGGAUAUGAGCUCUCUGAUUUGAUUCGGAUCAACCUGUUCAAAAGUCAAAGCAAAGAGCCAGGCCCUACCUCCAUAUCCAUUGGGCAAUGGUUACCCUACGGAUUCAACCACAGCGCACGCACAACCUAUAAUUGUCAGGCGCCUAGGAACUUUACAGUACUUUGGAUCAACGCCAGUACUCCGCGCUUAUACUGGGACAACAGCGGUGGUAUACCAAAUCCGGGGUAUGUGUGGGAGAGAGUGCCUCGGAUUAUUUUUGCCGACCGGCCCCAAGUGACUGCAGUAAAUUGCUUGCCCAUAUUUGAAACGGCAACUGCUAGAAUUACGGUAGCAGUCAGUGACGGCAGGGUUGAAGAUUGCGAGAUCUUGAAUACACCCCAGAAUGCAUCAGUGGCAUGGAACAGCGCGUUUGAAACGCACUGGGCGAAUGAAACAGAAUACAGGCACUGGGAUGUUCCGAAUUUCAACAAUACAGUCAGUUGGGGCUAUCUUUUCCAGUUAGCACUCCUGGAAGCUUCCAAUGUAGAAGUUCCAACAACCAGCAACCUGAAGACAUACAUCAAUUAUACAAGCUCGUUCAGCUUCCAGGAAGAGGACCUGUACUCGGACUUUUACAGCUAUGCGUCUCUGGCUCUUGUCAAGUACAACAGGACAGCAUUAAUAGAUCACAAUAUGCUUUCGAACAUCUCACAGAAGGUCUUCUCCACCUUUUUCCAAUCCUUUGCUUCUUUGGUAAAUGCAUACGAUGGAUACUGGGCGUAUCAACGAAUUGGAACGCGCCUACCCUCGGAUUUGGAUUUUGCACCACUUGUAACUACAACCCUAACGGCGACUACUACAUACACAUUGGACAAUUACAUUACUUUGACCCCGAUGGUAUCAACCACUUUCGAAACUCGAUAUAAUGGUACGGUAGUAACAUCUAGCGGGAUCAGACCGUACACUAUGCUUAGCUAUGUCGGAACCACUACGACAACGGAGACUCUCACGUUCGUCCAGACGACGUAUCCUAGCAGCCCAGCGUCGGCUAGCAAAGACUUCGCCGUCUCGACCUCACCACUUUCAGCAAUAGCUUCUGGUUCGUCUGCAAUACCAGGUCUCGACGCUACAACACGAACGACGAGUUCAGCAGACCCUGGAGUAACCCGAGCUUUGCAAAUGAUACCAGCCAAACUCUCUGUGCGCAAGGAAAUCCUCAUCAUCUCCCCAUUGGCGGUCUUUCUUAGUGUAGGUAUCCUUGUAUACCUGUUGAUGUCUACUGUGAUCGUCUACCUGCAGCGUGGUCGCUUUAAACUGCUGCCAAGAGACAUCGACACCCCUGCCAGCGUGCUUGGAUUUGUCUACGCAAGCGCAAAGCUACAAAAGUGGGCGAAGCAGCCGGAGGAUAUGGACACGCUCAACACCGCCAACGGUGACCACAAAAUCGAGGACGCAAAAGUAGAUGAUGCCAAAAGGCCAAAGAGAUCGAGCAAAGGAACUGAGACCCUCAUUGGCAUGGGAUCCUUUACCGAUAAAAAUGGUAAUCGUCACUGGGGCUGUGAGCUUGAUGUGGUGGUGAAAGCCAGUGUUACGAGCCAUGCAGGCGGCGCUGACCAGACCAGUAUGAAACACCCAGGAGGAAGACCGGACGAACCAGUCAAAGGGAGGAUGGAGGUAGCGAAUUGGGAGGAAUCACGGAGACCUCCUUAUGCUGCACUUAGCGACCGCAAUUGA